AUGAGCGACCGCAAGCCGAACGUGAAGUUCGCCGACAUUAGUGAGGAGAUGCAGAACGACGCGUUGACGGUUGCCGCCAAGGCGAUCAAGGAGCAUCAGAUGGAGAAGGACAUUGCCGCGUACAUAAAGAAGGAGUUUGACAAGCGCCACAACCCCACCUGGCAGUGCAUAGCUGGUCGCAACUUUGGUGCUGACGUUGUGCACGAGGCAAAGCACUUCAUUUACUUUUAUGUUGGCCAGAUUUCGGUUCUUUUGUGGAAGACGGGGUGA